CUUACCGUCUCUUCUUUCUGUCGCUAGUAAUUGACAAAUUCAUCAGAUCUGAGCAGCCUCGUGAGUAGUUUUCGAGUAUCUGAAUCUAACUCGAAGGUCAACCUUUGGUAAUGGCGAAGGACUUGAGAACCCGAAUCACUCUUCUCUUGUUCUUCUGCUACACCACUUUUGUGCUCCAUUCAACUGAGGCUGUUUGGUUAACCCUUCCCAGUUCAGGAACUAAGUGCGUGUCGGAGGAAAUCCAGACACACAUCGUUGUUUUAGCCGAUUACUAUGUUGUAGCUGAUGAUGAAAUUAAGGGUCACCAGCUUCCCACUGUUUCUGCCAAGGUGACAUCUCCUUAUGGAAAUAAUCUUCACCACAAUGAAAAUGUUACCCAAGGUCAGUUUGCAUUCACAGCAACUGAGAGUGGGAACUACAUGGCGUGCUUUUGGAUUGAUGGCAAACAUCAAGAAGCUGCAGGAGGUACCAUACUCAGUCUUGAAUGGAAAACUGGAAUCUCUGCCAAAGAUUGGGACUCUGUUGCAAAAAAAGAAAAGCUAGAGGGUGUUGAACUUGAGCUCAGGAAACUUGAAGGAGCUGUGGAAGCCAUCCGUGAUAAUCUAAUAUACUUGAAGACUAGGGAAGAGGAGAUGAGGGAAGUUAGUGAAACAACAAAUGCUAGAGUUGCUUGGUUCAGUAUAAUGUCUCUUGGCCUCUGCAUUUCGGUUUCAGGGUUGCAGCUAUGGUAUCUGAAGCGAUACUUUCAGAAGAAGAAGCUCAUAUAGAUAUGGUGUCGAAACGAAACCAACAUCAAUUUUUUCUCAAGCUUUUAAGAGUCAAGAAUGAGUCCAAUAUUGUAUAGUUUUUCUUGUGGAAAUUUUCAUGUAUCAUUGGGGGCUAGGGGGUUACCCCUUAACAUAUAUGCAGAAUUGACGAGUUUAGUUACUUUCAUAGAGUCAAAGCAAACGAUAAUGUUGAGCAUCUCCUCUAAUUUAUCUAUGAAACCCUUCAUCAUGUCA